AUCAAAAAUUGACAUACCGUGCAAUCAUGUCUAAUGUCUUUCAUUAAAUCUCCGGAGAGGUGCCGGCCGGCCGGUACAUAUGUCAGUGCAUCAUCUAUCUCAGACUCUCAGUCACAGCUAUCUAAUUGGGGUAUAUUCAUCUCCAAUUACAGCCUCAUAAUUUUUUGGACAUUCAUUUACAGCCCGAUCUACUUGGAUGUGCAGACCUGGGAGUUGGAACAAUUCACCAAGAGAAGCCAGUUCGUGUAUAACAGAAUGGGUGGAAUUUAUCAUGAGAUCCUACCUAAAUCCGAGUACUUCUCCAAGGCACUGUACACCUUCCAUUCCGCCCAAAAUGAUCUCUCCGUGGGCUACUUCACCAAUAAGACUACCAAACAGAUUGAGGCCUAUGACCCCGAUCCGAAGGAGCGGUUCACUGUGGCAAUGCAGGUACAAUUCAAGCUAAUUUGCUGACAAUCUCGCUCACAACC